GCAACAUCGUUUUGGGAAGAACAUAAAGUUGGCAUUACUAGACGGGUGUUCGGUUUGUUGUGUUUAUGUGUCUCAUAGUGUUGCACUUGGUGGUGAAGUGUCUCACAGCCUCUUCUGUACAUCCGGUCUCUAUCGUAACCUGCUUUCUUCUAUUCGAUCUGCCUAUGUGCGUAACGUAAGGGAAGAAUGGAAAAUAAGGAAUGAGUGCUGUAGUACUUGAUAGUAUAUUGCAUACGGCAAGGUGUUCGGUUUCAUUCGUUUAAUAAAAGUGGUGGUUAGCAGAGCUUUGGAAGUGGCAAUAAAAAUCAACAAAGAAGGCAAGAAUAUAAAAUAAACGGUCGAAAAAUUAAAUAGGUGGAGCCGUACCAUGAAAAGCUAGAAAAAGUGGUGGUGAAGUAACAAAAAGUUAAUGAAUUAGUGCAACAGGCAGCAACCAUAUGUGGCCGGAGCCAGCUCUGUGCACGGGUAGCUCACAAUAAGUUCUUCAGUGCACGUUUCCUCACACUUCUUCUGCAAUCUAAAUGAAAAUGUCUGACUUUGAACGAAUAAGACUGGUGAUCCUCGGUGGUGCCGGCGUCGGAAAGAGCUGCAUUAUAAAACGCUUUCUGUUUAAAACUUAUUCAGACAAGUACAGACCAACUGUGGAGGAUUUGUACAAUCGAGAAUACGACCUGGGCUCAGUGACGUUAAAGGUUGACAUACUAGACACGUCUGGUGAGAUGCAGUUUCCGGCCAUGCGGAGACUAUCGAUUGCGACCGCCCACGCUUUCCUGCUGGUUUACGCAAGUACGUCCGAGCUGAGUCUGGGAUGUGUGAAGCAGUGCUUUGAAGAAAUCCGAGAACAACGAGCCGACUUCCAGGACGUCCCAAUGGUGAUUGUUGGCAACAAAAGUGAUCUCAGUAGCACACAUCGAGAGGUACGCAUCGAGGAUGUAUCGGAGUGGGUGUUUUGCGAACUGCCGAAACUGAAGGUAAAGGUGAUGGAAUGCUCGGCGAAGGACGAUGUGAAUAUAACCGACAUUUUCAAAACAUUCCUCUCGCUGUCCCGCAUCAUUCCGGCCAAUGGAAAUACAGACUCAACAUCGGGAUUGAAAAGGCGUUCGUCAGCUUAUGUUAGUGCUAGUAGUAAAGCUAAGUCUAGACUCGGAAGUCCGUCCAUUGGUUGUGAAAAAACUAAAGAAACGUCAUAUUUAGCAGCUGGUUGUAGCGAACCAUCAACUAGCGAUCCAAAGUCCAAACCAAGAUCAAGAUCUCUAAUCCGACGGUCGUCCAGGAAAACCAAACAACAAAUACAGAAUGCAUCUGGCACGGAAGACUGCAAUAUACAGUAAUUGAAUUACCGGUCGUUUCUGCAACCAGAGAAGUAUCUACACCCGUUCCAUUCCACAUGAUAGUGCAGAUGAACAAAGCGGAUUAACACAUAGUUGAAUAGAUUCAUUAGUUUGAUUCAGUACUUUCGGUUUAUCUUUGUUGUUUUUUGAUAAUCAAACUGAAUUUUAUGAAGAUUAUUGCACAAAAUACAAUAAUCGAUGCGAAGUGAAUUGUGAUCCAUGAUACUAAAUUAUAUUAAUUAAAAUACAAAGAUUAAAAAUCCUACAAGGGAUUUGCCAAAAAAAAGUAACGUAGCUCACAUACUAAAAAUAUAUAACAUCAAAACGGCGCGUAAAUCAAACAAUGUUGAUGGAGGUGCAGCGCAUAUUACAAAGUGGACCUACCGUAGCAGGACAUUUUUUAUACAUGCUACACAUGAGCUUUCUAUAGUGGGCAUUGAAUCUGAUAUAGACAAAAAAUGGUUAGCCAUCCGACGACGAACGCAACAAAGAGUAAAUAUUCUCCAUGAUUCGAUUGUAAUAAACUCUCGGAACACGAGGUGAUAAAACGUGACAAAUGCGUAGUGGAAAACGUUUAUAAAUGAAAAGAAGCGUGAAAAAGCAGAAACAAUAUUCGUAGAUAGGAGCUUGUUGUUGAAUUUAAAACUUGUUGAUUAAAAGUAAUCGUAAGCGGCGUGAUCGUUAUUGAUUUAUGUGAUUGAUGUUGUAGCUAUCGGGGAAAGUAAAUUAACUAUUUCGAGCAAAUGUUUUAUUCAUCUUCAGCUUUAGUGCACAACACAACUUACAACCCUCAAUUAGUUUGUUCCAGUAAGUGUUUAAAUUUGAUUAAUUAUUCUACACAAAUAUUCAAUUGGCUUGAUGCAUUAUAACAAUGGUUAUUGUUACGGGUUGUACAUAUAUGAAUUUGCAUUUUACGUUGAGUUUCGAUGUAGCUUUCAUUUUUCAAUACAAAUUAAGUUUAUGUUCUGUGGUUUGCUUAAGGGUCUGGGUCAUUUGGCAUAAAGUCAUUUGGCAUAACGCCAUUUGGCAUAAGGUCAUUUGGCAUAAAGGCCGUUUCGCAUAACGGACAUUUGGCAUAAUUUUGAACAGCAAGAAAAGAGUGGGUCAUUUGGCAUAACGGACAUUUGGCAUAAUUUCGAACUGUGAAAGCGAAAGGGAUAUUUCAUGUAAUGUUUAGCGUAGAUAAAGUAGGUCGAGGCUCAGGUGUUUUCUGAUAAAUCUAGACUGAUGGUAGACAUUUUCCGGAAGAAUGAAAUAACAAAACGGUUAUUUCCGAGAGAGGGAUCACAUCCACCAUUGACUUAUUUCGGCCACAUGCCUACUUU